AUGCGGGUUGUGAGUUCGAAAGAUGAGAUGCGCCGGGCGUGCCGCGAGUCGUCCCGCCCUCUAAGCUUGGUGCCGACCAUGGGGGCCCUGCACGACGGGCACCUUUCGCUGGUCGACCGGGCCCGGAGCGACUCGUCCACCGUCGCGGUCAGCAUCUUCGUCAACCCCACUCAGUUCGGCGAGGGCGAGGACUUCACGGAGUAUCCCCGUGACCUGGAUGCCGACCUGGAGUUGCUGCAGAGACAUGGCACGGACCUGGUGUUCGUUCCUGAUGUUGCCGAGGUGUACCCGCCGGGGUUUGAUACCUGGGUGGACGUUGGGCCGAUUGCUGACCGGCUCGAGGGAGCGGCACGGCCGGGCCACUUUCGGGGCGUGGCGACUGUGGUGGCCAAACUCUUUGGGAUAGUGCAGCCGGAUCGCGCCUACUUCGGGCAGAAGGACGGGCAGCAGACUGUAGUGGUCCGCAAACUGGCGCGAGAUCUGGACAUGGGAAUCGAAGUCGUGGUGCUGCCCACGGUGCGAGAAUCGGACGGACUUGCAAUGAGCAGCCGGAAUGUUCGCCUGAACCCCGAGCAGCGCAACGCGGCGGCGGCGGUGUACCGGGCACUGGCUGCGGGCAUGAACCUGUGGAGCAGUGGUGAAGCGGAUGCAUCGAAGGUACGGGAUGCGGUCCGGCAGGAAUUGGAGGCGGAGCCGCUGCUGGAAGUCGUAGACUACGUCAGCGUUGCGUCUCCAGACUCCCUGGAGGAACUGGACCGUGCAGGGCGGGGAGCCAUGCUAUCCACGGCGGUCCACCUGGGGCCGAUUCGUCUGAUCGACAAUGUGAUUAUGGAAUAG